AUGCUCGUAGAAAGAGUUGACCCUCCGGAAGAUGAGACUGUCGCAAGUGCCCAAGGAACGACGGACUUCCGUGGCCUGUCCGCCUACGACCUCCUUCAUUACAGCGCACGCCACAAGCUCGUGCGUAAUGUCAAGGGAAAAGAGAUCAAGGAGUUGCUCUCCAUCCUCGGUUUCGUGGGCCACGGCGAUGCUAUAGACAAGGUACUUGCCACAAAGACAGCAAACGCUCUGAAAUACAACAUGAUUACUAGACUUCGCUGUGUCAACCACACUCUUACCCCAGGCGGUAAGCCCGCAGCGGUCUGGCCGGAGUGGACCUCGCAGUGGUACACUGACCCGAACUGGGACGGCAACACCGAUCCCCCAUCGGGCAGGGCCUCCACCACCACCACGACCGUCCCGGCGACCGCUGGCAACAAUCCCGACCAAAGCACAGCCACGGUCGACAUCAGCAGCAGCCAAGGGACAGUGGACCCAGCUGUCCAGGCGAGCACCAGCAAUAAUAACAACCUCAACCAAAGUGCGAACCCGGGCAUCUCGGUGGAUACCAGCAACAACCCCAGCCAAAGUGCGGACCGGGGUGUCCUGAUGAGCACUGGCAACAACCCUAGCCAAAGUGCGACAGGAACAACAAACCCUACGACCAGCACUAGACCUACACCUAUACCCGCAUCCGACGUGCAGGGUGGCCGCAACAAUAACAGCCAGGUCCCGGCUGGAGAAGACGCGUCUGAUGCAGGCCUCUACGACGACGACGACGACGAUCGGGCCCCGGAACCGCUCCCGUCCGAUCCCCAAUUCAACGACGGAGGGAGCUUCGCCUGGAUGAACUUCUUCAGAGAGGCCAAAGCCGUGCCGAACACAACAACCAGAGCGGACCCGGAGCUUCAUUUCCUCGACAGCCUGACGGGUCGGAUCAAUGUCUUACAAACCAUGGCCGGAAACUCCUCGACGUGA